AUUUUCUUGCCUGUGUUUUUGUGUUACUUUCUCCGAAUUAUUUUUAGAUAAAAAUCUAACUUAAAAAAUUGUUAACAGCAGCUGGAAAAUCUCCUUUUGGACUGGGAACUUGUCCUAAAAACGACCUUGAAACCUAUCAGCGCAGAUGAACAGCCGAAAAUCAUUUGCAAUCGCUAGAUUUAGUAAAUAUUCCAACUUUAAGAACAACAGUCUUUUUACUUCGUGUGGUACAAUAAUCAAAUUACAACAAAGAACAAUGGCAUCUUCAUCAACGCCGAAAAAUGAAUCAAAAUCUGCUAAAAAUCGUCUUCAGCACGAAAAGUCGCCUUACCUCCUCCAACAUCAGUCCAACCCAGUGAACUGGUAUCCCUGGUCGAAUGAGGCUUUCGAGUUGGCAAAAUCAUCCAACAAACCUAUUUUCCUCAGUGUUGGCUACUCGACGUGUCACUGGUGUCACGUCAUGGAAAGAGAGUCAUUUCAAGACAAUCUCAUCGCCAAAGUCAUGAACGAGAAGUUUAUCAACAUUAAAAUGGACAGAGAAGAAAGGCCAGACGUUGAUAAGAUAUACAUGACCUUUGUCCAAGCAAUUAGUGGGUCUGGAGGUUGGCCAAUGAGUGUUUGGAUGACUCCUAAUUUAAGACCCUUUUACGGGGGAACCUACUAUCCACCCGACGAUCGCUACUAUGGCCGACCCGGCUUUAGAUCAAUUUUAGAAACAAUUUCAGAUCAGUGGGUUGAAGACCAGGAAAAAUGUGAAAAUUCCGCAACAAAAAUAUUGGACGUUUUAAACCGAGCAGCUAAUUUGCCAACUGGUGAGACGAUUACGAAUGGCCAACCUGCUGCAAGCAGAUGCCUCCAACAGCUAACACGUUCAUACGAACCAAGUUUUGGAGGAUUUUCUGAACACCCAAAGUUUCCACAGCCGGUUAACCUUCAUUUCUUAAUGGACUGGGCUAUGAAAAACCCAAAUGAUCCAACUAGGUUUUCCGUUAUCAAAAUGGUAGAAACUACACUAAAAGAAAUGGCCAAGGGUGGAAUUCACGAUCAUAUUGGGCAGGGGUUUGCACGAUACUCGACUGAUAAAAAGUGGUUUGUUCCCCAUUUUGAGAAAAUGUUGUACGAUCAAGCUCAACUAGCUGUGGCUUAUUCAAAUGCCUACCUUUUAACAAAAGAUGAGUUUUAUACAACGAUCGUUCGUGAUAUUCUUAGUUAUGUUGGUAGGGAUUUAACCCACCCAGAAGAAAAUGGAAUAUAUUCGGCUGAAGAUGCGGAUUCAAAGUUUUCAUUUGAUUCAGUAGAAAAGAAAGAAGGUGCGUUCUACGUAUUCACAGAUUCUGAGAUCGAAGAGAUACUUGGAAAGAAUAAACAAUUGUCAAACGGAAAGGCACGAGUGGCUGAUGUCUUCAGGAUUCGUUAUGGCAUAAAACCAAAUGGAAACGUCGAUCCCUUAAGUGAUCCACAUGACGAAUUGAAGCAGCAGAAUGUUCUCUUCGAAGCAAUGACAAUUCCAAACAUUGCCAAGAAAUUUGAUGUAUCAGAGGCUGAAAUUUCCAAUGUUCUUGAUGAGGCUAAAACAGUCUUAUUCAACUACAGAAACAUUAAUAGACCCCGACCUGGUUUAGACACGAAAUUUGUCACGAGUUGGAAUGGUUUGAUGAUAACAGGUUACGCCAAGGCAGGAAUGGCACUGCAGUCACAGGAAUAUAUUGAUCGAGGCGUCAAAGCCAUGGAAUUUUUAGUCAAAUAUGUCUUUACAACUGAUAAGAAUGGAAAAUUUGAUCUUCUCCGAUCAUGCUAUCGGGAUGAACAAAACCAGGGAGUUUGUAAUCUUCAAACACCAAUAUUUGGAUGUGUGGAUGACUUUGCCAAUCUUGUUGCUGCGUCUAUCGAUUUAUACCAUGCUACUUGCGACCUGAAAUAUUUGAAGCAAGCGAUUCAGUUGCAACAACGACAAGACGAGUUAUUUUGGGAUGAUGCAGUAGGAGGAUAUUUCACAAGUAGAGCCGGUGAUGAAUCAGUCAUUAUCAGAAUGAAGGAUGAUGACGAUGGUGCAGAACCUUCGUCUAACUCUACAUCUGUCAUCAAUUUAAUUCGCCUUAAUUCAUUUCUUCAAGACGCGUCAUACUCGUCAAAGAUAGAAAAAUUAUUCAAACAAUUUUCCGAUAGAAUUUCAAAAGUCCCAAUUACCCUUCCCGUAAUGACGUCAGCUCUGACAACCAACACCAAAGGGGCACACACUAUUGUAUACAACGCUGAUGACGCCUCAACGAAAGAAUCUAUUCGGAAACAAUUGCUUCCUUUGGGCACAGCGUUAAUUGGAUUGGAAUCUAAAAAUCACGAGGAGAUAUCUCAGCUACUUCCAUAUGCCAAAAUUUCACUAACAAAAGACAUCACUGGAAGAAAAUUUUGUAUUUUCUCAAAAGGACAAGAUUCCCCAAAUGAGACGAUUUCAUCCUUGGACGAACUGGAUAAACUGUGGGUGUAGUGCAAUAAUCAGGCAUAAUAUAAUGUUCCACAAAGAAUUUUACAGCUACACAUCUGUUUCUAAACCCUAUUGUUUUAAAUAAAAUGUACGUAACAUAAUAUUUGACUUAAA